CUUGUUGAUCUUCCCUUAGUGCUGCUGGAAGGCAAGCCUGUGGCAAAGGCUCCUGACUUCGGCGCUGUUUACCACGUCUCUGGAGUGAUCUCGCUGCCCUACGCGGAGAUCCAGGAGCCCUUUGAAGCCUGGUACAACCUGACUGGAGGGGUCAGCCGCAUCAGCUACUACCAUGGCCAAGUUCAGACGUACCAGUUUGGCUUUGAGAAGCCGGCCGGCUGCAGCUACAAGCUCACCCCCGAGACCAGCGAGACCGAGGUCAACGUCAUCAAGUGCUUCCAGGUCAAUGGCACCAAGGCUGACCCCGUGCUGCCCCAGAGCGUGCUCCCCAGUCUGGAGGGGUUCCAGCUGGUCAGGGAGGAGUACUUCCGCGGGCAGCUGUGCGAGGUGUGGCAGAACGUGACUCUGGAGGGCAAGAAGAAGAACACGUACACGCUGUGGGUGAGCAGUGCGGCAGUGCCGCUGCACUAUGAGAUGCGUGGCUACAACACCCUGCUGGGGUCCCACUAUGACAAGUACGAGGUGGAUUACAGUGACUUCUCGCUGCACCCCGACCCCCACGCCUUCUCACUGCCUGACGGUCUGCAGUGCACUGGGUUCCCCGGGCCAGGGGUGGAGCACAGGGUCCUGGCCAAUCCCAUGCAGGACUUUGUAAGCCCCUACCAGGAGGACCGUGCCCAUCGGCUUUUUGGACACUUCCGCGACAGAUUCCAGCGUCGCUAUGGAGACGAGGAGCACGAGACGCGCAAGCAUGCCUUUGUCCACAAUCUCAGGUACAUCCACUCCAUGAACCGAGCCCAUCUGCCCUUCCAGCUGGCAGUGAACCACCUGAGUGACCGCACAGCCCAGGAGCUGGCCUCCCUGAGGGGCCGCAAGGGCAGGAAGACCCCCAACAAGGGACUGCCCUUCCCCCACGAGCACUACCAAUCCGUCCUGCUGCCCGAGAGCAUCGACUGGAGACUGUACGGCGCAGUGACUCCUGUGAAGGACCAGGCUAUCUGCGGGUCCUGCUGGAGUUAUGCCACAACUGGAGCACUAGAGGGUGCUCUCUUCUUGAAGACUGGUUUGCAGGUGGUCCUGUCCCAGCAGAUGCUGGUGGAUUGCACCUGGGGCUUUGGGAACAAUGGCUGUGAUGGGGGAGAGGAGUGGAGAGCCUACGAGUGGGUGAUGAAGCAUGGGGGCAUCGCCACUGCAGAAUCCUACGGGCCGUACCUGGGACAGAACGGGUUUUGCCACUACAACCAGUCCCAGCUCACAGCCAAGGUGAAGAGCUAUACCAAUGUGACCUCUGGCGACCUGGAGGCUCUCAAACUGGCCAUCUUCAAGAAUGGGCCGGUGGCGGUGAGCAUCGAUGCGGCGCACAAGUCCUUCCUGUUCUACAGCAGCGGGGUGUACUACGAGCCCCAGUGUGGUAACACUGUGAAUGACCUUGACCAUGCAGUGCUUGCAGUUGGCUAUGGCGUCCUGAAGGGGGAGCCCUAUUGGCUGGUUAAAAACUCCUGGUCUACUUACUGGGGCAAUGACGGCUAUGUGCUGAUGUCCAUGAAGGAUAACAACUGCGGCGUGGCGACUGACGCCACAUACGUGACCCUGGAGUGAAACCACGCGUGUGUAGAAUCAACAUGUUUAAUUAUGGAGAAACAAGUCAAAUGAAUCAUGAUGCUUAAUACCUCCUUUUUAAUGUAUAAUUCAGAAAGCUUAAUUAAAGGGACUCCCUGCUCCUCCACAAUCUUUUAUAAUAAACACUUUACAGAAAAUGCUGCUUACUUUUGAACGUCCCUGUAAAGUUUAAGAACGUGCCUGUGAUCCUAUGAUGCUGGCCCUUUCUGCAGUGUUCUGACCUUGCUAAUGGUUCACCGCGGGGCUGGGUCACAGUGACUCUGGGUUUGCAGUACGGGUCCCAGCAGUGUGAAGAGAGUCUGAAUCUUUAAUGCUAAAAUGUCUGAUGGCAGUCUCUGCCCCUAAUAGCUUUGUAAUGAGGUUUGUGUUCUGCAGAACUUAAUAAAAAAAUUAAAUGUUUAUUUAAA